ACUUACUUCCCUCUUGUCUUCUCUAUAAUUCCUUCCCUCAUUGUUAAAGUCGAAAACAAAGGGGAAAGCAGCAAAAACCCUAAACAGAUCUUAAAACUUAAAACUCUCAAGAGGAUCAACCUGUCUCUUCCCCCCUUCAGAUUCUUCUUUUUCGGCAUCAAUCAACUUCAGAUUCUCCCUUCCACAGAUGAUAGGAGCUUAGAAUUGAUACCACGUUUUGUUGUUUAUUCUGGUAGAGAAUGGAUCAACAAGAGCAUGGUCAGUCCGGAGCUAUCAACUACGGAACAAACCCAUACCAAUCCAAUCCCAUGACUACCACUGCUGCUACUGUAUCCGGGGGUGCGACACAACCAGGCCAGCUGGCGUUCCACCAGAUCCAUCAGCAGCAACAACAGCAACAGCUUGCACAGCAGCUUCAAGCCUUCUGGGAGAACCAGUUCAAGGAUAUUGAGAAGACAACCGAUUUCAAGAACCACAGCCUUCCUCUCGCCAGAAUCAAGAAAAUCAUGAAAGCUGACGAGGAUGUUCGUAUGAUCUCUGCUGAAGCCCCUGUCGUCUUUGCAAGGGCCUGUGAGAUGUUCAUUUUGGAGCUGACACUCAGGUCGUGGAACCACACUGAGGAGAAUAAGAGGAGGACGCUGCAGAAGAAUGAUAUCGCCGCUGCUGUGACUAGAACAGAUAUCUUUGACUUUCUUGUGGAUAUUGUUCCCCGAGAGGAUCUCCGGGAUGAGGUCUUGGGAAGUAUUCCGAGGGGGACUGUCCCUGAGGCCGCUGCUGCUGGUUACCCUUAUGGAUACUUGCCUCCAGGAACAGCUCCAAUUGGGAACCCGGGAAUGGUUAUGGGUAACCCCGGUGCUGCAUACCCACCUAAUCCGUAUAUGGGUCAACCGAUGUGGCAACAACAGGCACCUGACCAACCUGACUCGGAAAAUUAGCAAGAAACUAGUUCUAGUCUCGUCCAGGGUGGAAUUAAGAAAGGAGGAGACUUUAGACAAGAAAAUGAAAAGAACAUAUCAGAAUUUUCAAAUUGGUGUUAUAGAAGAAAUCUAAGUGUUUAUGUCUAUCGAUCCUUUCUGGAGGAGAGAUUUUAGGGAUGAAAACCAAAAAGAGUGUAAAAUUUGUAAAACCAAGUGUGCUUGACAAGGGUUGUUUUAUUUGAAUGUUGAUUUGUCUAUCUUUGUGACAUUAAUAUCAAUAGAGUAUAUUUGAUUGAA